AUGAGGGCAACAUCCACCAUCACCAUUCUGAGCGCCCUAGCCACCGCAGCCCGCGGCAUGCCCCAGAUCCACGACGCAUCGGACGAAAGCCUGCGACCUCGGGACGACCUGUCGGAGAAAUACGACCUAGGCACCGUCUUCAAGCGCCAAGACCGCGAAGACCGCGUCAAAACGGGCCAAGGCUGCGAAUGGAAAUGGUGCUUCGACAGACGACGAUUGCGCAGACAAAACCGGAACCCACUUGAAGUGGGAUAUAUUCAGAUGGGUCGAAUACGAAGUCUAGUGCAAGAUCUGCCACAAGGGGUGGUGCUCGACCAAGGAGCGCGGUUCCGAGUCCGAGUCUGGUUGAUAGAGUGCCUCCGAGGCGGUGGACGCGCCUGA